UUCUUUGUGGUGAAAGGAGAGGUACAGAAGGCAGUCAACACCGCGCAGGGGUUGUUUCAGAGAUGGACGGAGCUCCUCCAGGACCCCUCCACAGCCACGAGGGAGGAAAUCGACUGGACCACCAACGAGCUGAGAAACAACCUCCGGAGCAUAGAGUGGGAUCUAGAGGACCUUGAUGAAACCAUCAGCAUAGUUGAAGCAAAUCCUAGAAAAUUCAACCUGGACGCAACCGAAUUGAGUAUAAGAAAAGCCUUCAUCACAAGUACUCGGCAAGUCGUCCGGGACAUGAAGGAUCAGAUGUCCACCUCAUCUGUGCAGGCAUUAGCUGAAAGGAAAAACAGACAGGCGCUGCUCGGAGACAGUGGCGGACAGAACUGGAGCACUGGAACGACAGAUAAAUACGGGCGCCUCGACCGGGAGCUCCAGCUGGCCAACUCCCACUUCAUCGAGGAGCAGCAGGCACAGCAGCAGCUGAUUGUGGAACAGCAGGAUGAGCAGUUGGAGCUGGUCUCUGGCAGCAUCGGGGUGCUGAAGAACAUGUCCCAGCGCAUUGGAGGGGAGCUGGAGGAGCAGGCAGUCAUGUUGGAUGAUUUCUCCCACGAGCUGGAGAGCACUCAGUCUCGACUGGACAACGUGAUGAAGAAACUCGCAAAAGUAUCUCACAUGACCAGUGAUCGGCGCCAGUGGUGUGCCAUCGCUGUCCUCUUCGUGGUCCUGCUGGUUGUGCUGAUCCUCUUCUUGGUGCUGUGACGGCGGGGCCUGGGGCCGCCACCUCCUGCAUGGGGACCUGGUGGAGAGGGAGCAGCAGCGCGCAUGGUGUGGCCGGCUCCUCGUGUCCCGCUCCUGGAAACCAAGCCUUUGCUGACUUUUCUCUCUGUGACCCCACCAUCGAGACAGCGCCUCCGUCCCCACGCCAAGAAGGCCGGUGGGGAGAGGAAGCCGAUGACUGCACACUCCUGGUGCCUCUGCCUUGUUCCCCUGGAGGGCCUCCAAGGAAUCCAGAAAAAUUCAGACUCGGCUCGUGUUGGCUAUUGCUCAUUCCAUCCGUCUUUGGCAGCUCUUUUCUCCCGCUCAGACCCUUCGCCCCGUCAGAUGGCAUGCGCUGUCCCGUCCAGAAGCGCUGGCUCCUGGGUAUGUUUUGUGUCCCGCCCCAGGAGCGCCCUUCACUCCUGAGAGCUGGUGGUUAAUGGGGACCCAGGGCUCAGAAGCACUUUGUGACAGAAGAUGCCGUGAUUGGCUUUUCAGGGAUAAGUGCUGGUGUGAAAGUGCUUUUACAGGCCCAUUUUUUGGUGGGAGGAAUAACUAAUGAAAAAGAAUGACAAGCAAAAAAAAAAAAGAAUGAAAAGCACUGGGCUUCGGGGGAUGCUGGCAACUUGUGGCUUGAAUGGGGAGGACAGGGCAGCGGGACACAGCUGUGGGAGGGUGGGCUGAGUGCCGGGGUCGGGGCCUUGGUGGAUUCACGCCACUGUCCUAUAGCCUCCUCUCUAGAGGUGCAACUUGCAUUUUCAGGGUGACCUUUACGUGAGCAGCUCAGUGGCUCAUGAGUGUCUGAGAUCCCAAAGUAGUGUCACUGGCAGUAAUUUUAUUCCGGUAGCACCCUGCCUUGGGGGCUACAGGUGGUCAGUACAUUUAUUAUAUGUACUCAGAAACUGGAAUGUCAAAAGAAGGCUAGUUCUGGUCCGGAUUUUUCUUACCUUGUGAGUAACUACAAGGAUGGGUAGGUGAACUGGGUUCUUUUUUCUCCCCUAAGAUGAUAACCCGAUUAUGUCAUCCAUUUAGAUAACUGAGCCAAUCCAAAUUUAAAUGACAGAUGCUGUAUGAGACACUGUACACUGCAAGCUUCUGAUGGCUUGUAAGAGGCCUCCCGUGUACACAUGUAUAUAGGAUAUUUUUAUAACCUCCCUGAUGAAAACCUGAUAUUGAAGUAACAGCUGAAGCCAGAGCCAGUGCCUGGCGGGGAGGCUGCCUGUCUCUGCCUCACCUCCCUCUUUUGCACUUGGAAAGCACAGCAGUGUCUGGGUAGACUUCUAGCUCUGGCUUUUAUCUCAUCUUUUGGGGUCCAUUCCUCAGCACGCUUUUUUUUCUUGUUUUGUUUAUAGCUCUUGUUUUUCGGUUUGUGUUGGGCUCUUGCCCCCCCCCACCUCUUUUGUGUAUGAUUUGCAAUGAUAUGCUUGCCCAGCUAACCUCUGAAUUGCACUUUUUAAUAAAUAUUUUUAACAAUU